AUGCAAUCAAACCAGAGCUUAUCAAAUAAUUAUCCUGCAUAUAACUUAGUUCAACUAAGUGUCCAGCAAGAGAAAAAAAACUCACCAACUAAACAUCACCAACACUCCAUUCAAUCGCUAACCUCAAUCAUCAUGAAAUUGACAAGUGCAAUAAGCUGGUCAUUGAUAGCAUAUACAGCAUUUGGUGCAAGUGAUGCUGCUGCCCCGGGACCAUCCUCAAACUACCCUGUGAUUCGUAAUGUUGAUGAACCGAAAACAGGACUCUCUUACAAGGAUGAACAACUAUGCCUUGAUGGUUUUUUCAAUUGGGUCGAAUAUGACGAGGAAUACAUUGACGAAAACUUGAUACCAUUGUUUAACCAACACUUGGAAUACAUAUGGUCACCAAGGCAGAAACCUGGAUUGCCAGAAAUAACAUUCAAGCCCAAAUUAUUUGUCAAUAUCCUUGGAGGUGAAUUGAAUACCGAGCCAAGUUUUGAAACAAAGUCACUGCAAUCAUAUGCUGAUUUCUGGUUUAAAACUACAUUAAAAUACGGGAGACAGCUAACUGAUGUGAUGAAUUUUAUGGGCAUAGAACAUGGAGUGGACGAUCAUUUCAAAUAUUUUGGUGAACAAAGAAACAGAAUUUGGCAAAAUCAUCAGGACAAUUUAAAACAACAAAUAAUCAACUAUAGCCCUACCAAUGAUGGUAUGUUUUCUUAUGAGUUAGCCUCAUUAGUUCAUUUACGUGACUUUGCAAGGGAUGUAAGAUUACAUAAUGAUGCAAAAUUUAUAAUUCAAAUGUCAUCGUUUGCGUCAAUCAAAAACAAAAUCGGAGCAAAUUCAACCACAUACAAACAUGCAGUGGGAUCACUAGAAAAUAUACUCGAAUCACUAAAUGUGUAUUUUGAUAUUUUGGUUGUGGAAUCACCAAAUUACACACCAAAGGAUCGUUUGCAAAAAAAAUCACAAGUGAGAUCUGCAGCUUCAGCACCUGCAUUCGGAUACGCCAGUAAGCAAGCUUGUGAAGUUGCCACUGACAAGUGUUCGGCUCAUGGUGAAUGCAAAGAAAAUAAAGAUCAAUGGAGUUGUGUUUGUGAACCCAGCUUUAACAAAACAACGUCAAAGACCACAACUUGGGUAGGAUACGACUGUGGUAAAAAGGAUGUCUCGGUACCUGCCAAUUUGUUCCUUUGGACUACUAUUGCAUUGGUGUUGUCCUUAGUCGGCGGUAUCAAAUUAUUGGCUAGUGUUGGAUCAGAUCCUUUGCCUGGAGUAUUGGAUGCUGCCACUUUACCAACGAAAAAGACAAUUUAA